AUGGCGGCCACCACUACGGUCGGUUACGGAAGUGCCGAGCCCAAAGGGCCGUACGGCGGACGCUGCAGCGUCGAUCCGCCUGACAUCGAGGAGCUCCUCCGGUUGAACCCUAGACCUUUGGCCAACUGCCAAUGGACAACCACUGUGGCCAACGAUGCUGGUACGGCGGCGGGAGGAAAAGGAGUUGGAUUGAUGGCCGCCGCCGGAUCCGGACUGGCCCGGGCAAGGGCUAUAGUCAAGCCGUCUGCGGCAACGGUCAUGGAUCGCCAUCACUACAAGCGCAAUUCUUCGUAUUCCGAGGAUACCGCAGGAGUCGUUGAUGGAUGUGCUAGCGGCCUGUGGAACAAAUGGUGGACGGACAUCAAGCCCAGCACGCUGCGAGGCGGCGAGAAGGCGGCUGUUCGCGAGGCUCGCCGUUGCCUCAAAUGCGCACAUGCGCCAUGCCAGCUGUCAUGUCCAACAUCCAUCGAUGUCAAAUCGUUUAUUACGAGUAUAGCUAACCAGAACUAUUAUGGAGCUGCCAAGACGAUCCUUUCAGACAACCCGGUGGGCUUGUCUUGCGGCAUGGUGUGCCCGACGAGUGAGCUUUGCGCCGGUUCCUGCAAUCUGGCCGGCUCAGACGGUGGACCUAUCAAUAUUGGUGGACUUCAGCAAUUUUGUCUGGAGGUUUUCAUGGAUAUGGCAGUGCCUCCUUCAGCAGUAUCGUCAGACACCGACGGCGAUGAUGACGAGGAACUCGAAGAUGGACCUCUGAAGGCCCGUGGUCAGAGUAGAUUGGCACCCAUAGCAGUGGUUGGAGCAGGUCCUGCGGGACUGACUUGCGCCACUUACCUGAACCGGCUUGGGUACCGGCGCGUAACGGUUUACGAAUCAGGCGCGUAUGCCGGCGGCCUUAGUGCCUCCGAGAUACCAGAGUACCGGUUACCGUGGAGGGCGGUCCGUUGGGAAAUCGAGCAGAUGGUCGAGCACGGUCGAGGUGGCGUCCGCCUGGAGUACGGUCGUCGGCUAUUUUCUUCCUCCGCCGAGGACAGUAAACCCGGUGACAUUACUUUAAAGGACAUAUUAGACGGGCCGGAUGGCGCACAGGCCGUGUUCGUGGCCGUCGGCCUACCGGAGCCUCAACUUCCAGCCGAUCUCUUCCACGACGUAGACGUCAGCAGCAUGACGGCCACCACCCAACAUCUGGGCGUGUACACUUCCAAAUGGCUGUUGCGUCAGGCCUCGGGGUACUCCAAGCGGUUGCCCGACAACCGAGGAGGAUGUGGCGGCGGUGGUUGUGGAGGAAGUACCGGUGACGGUGGCUGCGGGUCGAAACCUGCCACUGCGCCCCUGCCCCCAGAUUUCCGCGGAAAAACCGUACUUGUGCUGGGCGCCGGGGACACAGCCAUGGACUGCGCGACGGUCGCGCUCAGGUGCGGCGCCCGUCGUGUCCGCGUCGUCUUCCGGCGUGGCACGCCAGACGUGCGAGCCGUGCCGGAAGAACUGGAAGCAGCGAUGCGCGAGCGUUGUGAGCUAGUUCCUCACUCGCAGCCGGUCCGGUUCUUGUUCCGCAAAGUUCCAGGUGGCGGUGCGGAUCGGAUCAGAGCCGUGCAGUUCCGCCGAACAGAUGUGGAUGACCUGGAGCCCCUGCAAGGCUCCACCGACGACGAAGACCACUCAGCCGACGACCUGUUCGUGUUGCGCGCCGACUGCGUUGUCUCGGCGUUCGGCUCACGGUUACCACAAGAAGUGGCGGCAGCGCUGGCACCAUACGCAAGGGUAGACGGACGUACCGGACGAGUGUGCGUCGACGCUCAAACCGGCCGCUGUGAGUGGUGGACGGACGAUAGUGACAAAGUGGCUAACGAAAAACAGGAGCAGCGUGCCCCUCCACCGGUGUGGUGUGGUGGCGACGCUUCUUGCGCAACAGGAUCUGCAGCAGAUCCGUCGCAGACCACUGUAGAGUCGGCUAACGACGGGAAAACGGCGGCCUAUCACAUACACCAGUAUCUGCAGGAGUUAUACGGUUAUCGUAACCAAAAUCACCAACCAUCCGUUUCGCGGCCAAUGCUGCCAGGAUUCCGAACAGCAAUCGACGACGUGGACUUAUCUGUCCGGAUGUGUGGACUGCGGUUCAUGAACCCGUUUGGACUUGCCUCAGCACCACCCACGACGAGCGCUGCGAUGAUCCGCCGAGCGUUCCAAGCUGGUUGGGCGUUCGCCGUCACCAAAACGUUCGGACUGGACAAAGAUUUGGUAACAAACGUGUCACCACGUAUCAUAGGACUGGGUGGGCACGGUGUGGGAGUUGGUUCGGCUGCCAGUGGCUUAGGACCAGGUACUCUCGGUGCCGGAGACUCAGACGUUGCUAGAAAUGCUUUUUUGAACAUUGAAUUGAUUUCGGAAAAGACGGCCGCAUACUGGUUGCGCUCUAUUCGGGAACUGAAGCGUGAUUUCCCUCAACACAUUCUAAUUGCCAGCAUAAUGUGCGCGUAUAUUGAGAGCGAUUGGACACUACUUGCCGGAUUGGCAUGCGACGCAGGCGCUGAUGCGCUGGAGCUGAACCUCAGCUGUCCUCACGGCAUGGGCGAAUCCGGAAUGGGUCUGGCGUGCGGACAGGAUCCGGUGUUGGUGGAGAACAUUUCGCGAUGGGUCAAGCGAGUGGCUGUGAGACCGGCCAGUGAUGGUGGGACGCCAACAGCCGUGCCAGUGUUCGUGAAAAUCACACCAAACGUUACGGACGUGGUGGCCGUGGCUCGGGCGGCUGUGCGACUCGGUGGAGCGGACGGGGUGACCGCGGUCAACACGGUAUCAGCUCUCGGCCCGUUGGACGUUACCGGUAAUGGCGGUCGACCGUGGCCGGGAGUCGGCAGAACCACCGCAGAAACACCAAGAACCACGUACGGUGGAAUGUCAGGAACGGCAGUCCGGCCGAUGGGAUUGAGGGCCGUUUCGGCGUUGUCCCGGGCACUGGGGCCAGACGCGACGGCCGGUGGUGACGGAGGACCACCUGUCCAAAUAAUGGCCACGGGUGGCGUAGAUAGCGCCGCGGCCACGCUCCAAUACCUGUACUGUGGCGCCAAAGUCGUGCAGGUGUGCAGCGCUGUCCAGAAUCAGGACUUCACGAUCGUCCAGGACUAUAUCACCGGACUCAAGGCGUUGUUGUACAUGACCGGCCGUGGCAGUGAAGAACAGCAGGUGGAACAGCGUCGCCCCACGGCCGCUCUGGUCAAGGACUCGAUCGACCUGUCCGACGACUAUGAUAUCGUAUCGACGACGGCGGCGGUGGCCGAUAAAAGCGGUGGUAAAUUGAUGUUCGGACCUUACUUGAAGAACAGGCGCUGUGAACAGGCGUCAGGUGCGGCAGCCGACAUGGUCGACACGAUCAAGGGGAACAAGUCGAAUGGAGUCGAUCGGAAGCCAGAGAAAACGGCUCCGGCACCGAAAGUGACCAAUGACGGACUAGUUCCAGGCUCGGUGUCAACGCCCGUGGAACUGGUCGUGGGCCGCGCGCUGAAAGCCGUCGGUGCAUACAAAUCUCUCGACCGUCGAGCGCAAGUCGUGGCUCUGGUGAACGAGGACUCAUGCAUCAACUGCGGCAAGUGCUACAUGGCUUGCAACGAUUCCGGUUACCAGGCGAUUAAGAUGGACCCGAAAUCACAUGCCGUUCAAGUCCAACCUGACUCGUGCACGGGCUGCACACUGUGCUUGACGGUGUGCCCGAUUCCCGGUUGCAUCAGCAUGGUUGAAAAGACGGUACCACACGUGGUUAACCGCGGUCUGGGACUCCGCCAGCUCGUGUCCACGUACGCUUGUCCUAACGACGGAGAAUACAUUGGCCAGCAGUGCUGCUCGGAGGAACAGAAUGACCUCGGUAGUCCUGCGGUGGCGACUCAGUGA